CAUAAAAUGCGCAAAUAAAUAAAUCAAAAGUAUUCUAAAUGUAUUCAGAGAGUAUAUUUUUCCAUCCUUGUUUUGUAACAAAUUAGUUUAUAGUGAAAAGUUUAUAAUAUUCGAUAGUAUUCAUCUAUCCAAUUUACCUUCAGGAUUCUCUUUAAAUUAACAUUAUUUUAACAAUUAUUUGUUACAAAAAUGGAAGGCAGUACCGAUUCUCUUUCCGUUUUGUCUCCCCCAAUGAGCGGUUCUCCUGCUGUUCUAUUAACUCCUGGACGGACGAGAAACAUAGCCCAAGAUAUGGAAGCACUAAGGCUGUCAAGACAGGACAAUCCAUAUUUACAGCAAGUAAUGGCCAGUAGAGAGAGUUUAAUUGAGAGUCACACAGAGGAGUGUGAGUCAGAUGACACUAUACUCAUGUCACAGGAAUUUGGAAGUACCGCGUUAGACUUCGUGGAAGACGAUCCACUCACCCUGAAGGAAGUACAUGAACACAUGAUCAGAUCACCACCACCCAUCAGCAGCUGGCCGCACGACCCGCUGUCAUACCGCGCUGCGAGUGCGUUUGACUUCGCUGACAGCCCCGUCUCGUAUAGCGCUUACUCAGUCAAUUCCCAGGAUAAGGAGCUGCUAGGGUCUCGAUCUCCCCGACGAGGAGUUCGUGGAGACCGAGGUGAGGAGUCGCGGAACAGCAGCAGACCACGCUCAUCACGUUCAGCGUCGCCGCGCUCCCACGACCUCAUGCUGUGUGGACGACCGCUAUCACUACCCGGUGAGACCCAUCUCCGUAACGCUUUAGCUAAGAAGCCGGGCCCACAGAGCGAGCGUUUCUCGCUAUUACAACAUCCACGGCCACUGAGGAGGCCCCACAUCCGCCGCGAUGACGACAGCGAGCAGCUUGUGCCGCAAUGUGACAAGUAACACACUAUGUUGUUCGGACAUGAUUACGCAGGUGAUAGUUGUCACAAUAUGUACUGGUGACAUUGGGUACAAUUACGCAAGUGUUAUGUAUACCGUCGACAAUUUACGCACUCACACUACGUAGUUCGGAUAAGUUUACGCAUGUAAAAGUUGUCAUAUAUAGUGACAAUAGCUGCCUCUACACCUACGCUCUUUCACGCGCGAAUCGGUUUUCACGCAGGAAAUAAUGUGUAUGUAAAUGUAGACAAAGAGAACGAGAAAGACCGCGAACACCGCUAACUCUAGCAUUCCCGCGUUCUGUAAUCGUGCGAGCUUUAGCGCCUUUUUGUAAUAAUUAAUGAUCAUUACAAAUUGGCAGACUAUUAGCAGAUAGAGUAAUUGAUAAUGUAUAAAUCUAAAACGUGUCUUUGGAAAGUAAAAUAUUUGGAAUAAUAAGGAAAAUUUUAAAAGAAAGUGUAAAGACAUGAAUCAGAGAGUGAAAACAAAUAAGUAAAAUGGAAUCAAUUAGGAUUGCAGGCGCUGGCUUUCUCGCGCUAAAUUGAAUGAGCUCCUGAUCGCAGGUGAAAGAACGUGUCGUAUAAAAGUAGCUGUUGAGUGUAAUUAUAAAGGCGACGAGUAACGUAAACACACUACAUAGUGCGUACAAGACCACAAUUGCGUUUUGUCAGCAUGUGUACAUGUGAGAUUGGGGUAAAUUACGCAAGUGAUACUAUAAAAGUUAAGCGACGCCCUCACUACGUAGUGCGGGCACGAAUACGCAGUUGCGUGUUGAUAGUGUUGCGUUAAAAUACGCAAGUGUCAUAAAGAGAGGGAUGCACGGCGGGUAGGAUUACGCGAAAGUGUGCCAUAAGUGUUAUUUGUGCCAGAAUGGUGUUACGAAUGAAUGUGCCAUCUUUGUUACAUCGGUGGUGUAUGAAAAUAGUAGGUGUCAAUGGUCGAUAUUGUGAAGAUUGUACUUAAUGAGCUUUUGCUCAUGUAAUAUUUUAUUAAUGUAAAUUGUGAUUUUAUGUAUGAAUUUCAAUUGUUAUAUUUAAGGACUAUUGUUCUUUGUUUAAAGUAGGUCGGUAAAGAGAAUCGAAUACAUUAUUAUUGUUAACAAAAUAUAUUAAUUACGUAUUUUUAAUUUAAACCAUAGCUUACUUAUAUAGUUAGUCAUAGCUUUAUCAUCACAACAAGAUAUUGCGCAGAUAUCUUAAUGAUUAGAAUCAAGUCAUUUUUAUUAUUAUCUUAUUUAUAAACUAGUAGAGUGCCUGUUUGAACCUCACUUUAACUAAAUACAUAUAUAUAAUUACUAAAUAGAAAAUAUACCGUUUCAAUUAGUAAGUAUACAAAAAAUCACAGUAUCCUCAUUUAUAGGGAUGUUAUGUAAA